CUGGCCUUCCAAUUAAUACGAGUUGUUAUCCCAGAUGCAACAACGGUCACGACAGUAGCAGGUGCAACAGUGACGACAGUCUCCUCGGCAACGGCUACGGUCAGCUCAUCGGCCUCUACGGCCUCAACAUCAUGCGUCGACAAACUAAAUCCGAGCACGGGAGUUUCGGACUGUCCGGCUCGCGCCAGUCUAUGCAAUGAUGCCACUUAUUAUUCCGUAAUGACCGAGCAAUGUCCGCUAACAUGUGGAAGAUGUUCCGGCUCCUCAACGAACACUACAACUACCAACUCGACAACGUGUGUUGAUCUGACGAAUCCAUCUACCGGAGUGUCUGACUGCCCACAGCGCGUCGCUUUGUGCACUGACAGCAACUACAUUACCCUAAUGAGGAGACAAUGCCCAAGAACAUGUGGUUUCUGUACUUCCGCCAGCACUGCUUCUGGAACAGCAGCUACUUCGCUGACUAGCAGUGCCACCUCAUCCUCUACUAGUAAGUGA